CUGAACACUGAUGGUUCUUUUGAUCGCCAGACUGGAGUAGCCGGAGGAGGAGGUUUGAUCCGGGACCACAGCGGUGCUCUUAUCACCGCCUUCCACACGUCCCUUCAGGCCUCCUCGAGCUACGAUGCAGAGAUUCAGGAUCUACAGAUUGGCCUUCAUCUCGCUGCCCACCUCUCUAGUCAUAUUUGGAUCGAGAUGGACGCUGCGGCG